GGAAAGCGACCCCAUCUGAUCGCCCAGCAUGUGUAUCAACAGUCGCGGUGAAGUCUUCGCCUUGUCAAUCGUGUGCGCGGUAUACAACGUCGCCUACAUACUCAUACAUGGCAUGAAUUUUGCACACCACAGAGACUUCGCCAAGCUGCAUGGCAUGUACGUGGCCAUUUACUCAAUGGGCCUGAUCAUCGCCGUACUGUUCUUCGUCAGCAUCCUCACGAGACGAGCGACGACUAUGGAAGUGGGAGUGCUUCUCUGCAAAGCAAGGAUUGCCAUCACGGCCAUCGAGAUUGGUUACCUCGGCUACCGGUUUGCCUUGGGCCACUACGACCUGCCGUUGCACUUUUUCAAGAGGCAAAACGACAGGAACGCGGUGCCCCUGGCCGCAGCCAGCCAGAGCAUUUUCAACAAAAGACCACGGAGUGAUAAGGAGUGGAGGAAGUUCUACCACGUGUCCUACAUCGGCAUGGAAACCUGCUUGCUGAUUAUAGACGUCUACGCUACCUGGCGAAUGGAUUUGUAUGUGGAAAAGAUGAUCUCCAGGGGCCUGUUUUUCUGAGAAAUAAAAAUUGACCGAG